CGACAAGCCAGAACAUCCAGCUGCUUGGAAGCUCUGGCAUAACAAGCUUUUCCUGUGGUCAGCUGUGGGACGUGCAGCUAGGGCAGAUUUCAGGACUGCUUUCAGAAACACUGCGCAGUAGCAGCAGUCCUCGUGCUGAAAAAUUUGGAAUCAUUUUAAAUCACCGGUCUAUCAGCUGCCUGCUUUGCACAUAACUUGACCAGGAAGAUGCAACUAUGACAAAGUACUCUUGGAUGUGAACACUCCAAAUGCAGAAAUGAUUUGGCAACUAACAUCUCAUUGGUCAGCCGUGGUUACACCCCUAAUUUUUGGUCUGCUUCUGCAAGCACCAUUCACACAGCCUUCCACCAUCACACAGCCAAACUUUGUCCUGCUGCUGGCUGAUGAUCUCGGCAUAGGGGAUAUAGGUUGCUAUGGGAAUGAUACCAUCAGGACCCCGAACAUCGAUCGCCUGGCAAAGGAAGGAGUGAAGCUGACCCAACACAUCGCUGCAGCUCCACUUUGCACUCCCAGCAGAGCAGCUUUCCUCACUGGCAGAUAUCCCCUCCGAUCAGGGAUGGAUGCUAUAAAUGAUUACCGUGUUAUUUUUUGGAAUGCUGGCUCAGGAGGGCUUCCUCCAAACGAAACCACUUUUGCCAAAAUACUGCAGCACCAAGGCUACAGCACAGGACUGAUAGGGAAGUGGCAUCAAGGUGUUAACUGUGAAUCCCGCAAUGACCAUUGCCAUCACCCUUUAAAACAUGGAUUUGACUAUUUCUAUGGGAUGCCUUUUACACUAAUAAGUGACUGUGAGCCGACAGAAACACCAGAGAUGGACAGAGCCUUUAGAAGGAAACUCUGGCUUUCCACUCAAGUGAUUGGCCUCCUUACACUCACUGCUGUCCUUGGAAGACUGACUGGCUUGAUUUCAGUCCACUGGAAAGCACUGACCUGCCUUGCUGGGUUUAGUCUCCUGUUCUUCAUAUCAUGGUUCUCAAGUUAUGGAUUUGUACGCUACUGGAACUGCAUUAUGAUGAGAAACCAUGGAAUUACUGAGCAGCCAAUGGUGACAGACAGAACUACAUCCCUUAUCUUGAGAGAGUCCAUUUCAUUUAUUGAAAGAAAUAAGCACAAGCCAUUCCUCCUCUUUCUUUCCUUUUUGCAUUCCCACACCCCUCUCCUCACCACGGAGAAGUUUCUUGGGAGGAGCAGACAUGGUUUAUAUGGAGACAAUGUGGAGGAGAUGGACUGGAUGGUGGGCCAGGUUCUAGAUGCUGUUGACAAGGAAGGCUUGAAAGAUACUACACUGGUUUACUUUGCGUCUGAUCAUGGUGGAUGGCUGGAAAGACAGGAAGGUGAAAGGCAGCUGGGAGGCUGGAAUGGAAUAUACAAAGGUGGAAAAGCUAUGGGAGGAUGGGAAGGAGGAAUCCGUGUACCAGGGAUAUUCAGAUGGCCAGGAGUGUUACCUGCAGGCACAGUUAUUGAUGAACCUACAAGCCUUAUGGAUAUUUAUCCUACGGUGGUUCAUUUGGCUGGAGGGACAGUGCCUCAGGACAGGGUGAUUGAUGGCCGGGAUCUGCUGCCUUUGCUGCGGGGAGCAGUGGCACACUCGGAGCACGAGUUCCUCUUCCAUUACUGCGGCGUUCACUUGCACGCUGUGCGCUGGCACCAGAAGGACAGGGGAGCUGUUUGGAAGGCUCAUUAUGUGACUCCCAUCUUCAGUCCUCCCGGAGCUGGGGCUUGUUAUGACAGAGGAUUUUGCCCAUGCUUUGGGGAAGGAGUGACCCACCAUGAGCCUCCAUUGCUGUUUGAGCUCUCACAAGACCCUUCUGAAGCCAAACCUCUCUCUGCUGACACAGAGCCCCUCUUUGACACUGUCAUAAGGAAGAUUGGCAGAGCCAUUGAGGAGCAUCGCAGGACGCUGACCCCAGUUCCAGAGCAGCUCUCUGUGUCCAACGUGGUGUGGAAGCCGUGGCUGCAGCCGUGCUGUGGAACGUUCCCAUUCUGUUGGUGUGAUAAAGAGGAUGAUAAUAAAUAUGUUGGCCUGUAAAGGAUAGACCCUGAUACUUUCUCAAAAAUGUAUUUAGACUAAGAGUGUUUCCUUUGGGGGUGUUAACCCAUGGGGUCGUUUGUUUCUCUAAACUGAGCCUUUAUAAAAAAAUUGUUCCAGUGAAUGGCAUGGUAUUUAGCAAAGGUAGCUUUAUGCUGGACAUUCUCAGGGAGGGAUUAAGAUGGAUGAUCUGAAGACCAUGCUUUAACUGGCAUCUGCUGACAAGUGAAUGAAUAGUUUGAAUGCACUAGAGCAGGCCAAGAUUAGAGGUGUACAAGUAAUUAUUCUGAAUGUAUAUUCGGAAGCUUUCCUUUAGGUUCUUGGGCUGAAAUUCUAAGUGAUUCCUGGACUGAAAUCUCCUUUAAUUUUGUUAUCCUUAUCUCUCUUUUGUUAUCCUGGCAAUGCAUAAGGUGACCUUAUAACAAAUUUUUUGCAGACCAUUGCUUCCAAAAUAAUUAGAAAAUAGUCUUGUCUGCAGUUCCUCAAAAAAUCUUUUUUAGGAGAGGCUUUUAUUCUUCUCUUGUAGCUAGUGACUGCAGCAGCAGUGAUGAUGACAGAUGAUUGGCCUGGGAAAGGCAUAGGGCUUGGAAAUGUGACAAGCUGGGCUGCCUGCUCUGUCCGAGAAGGGUGGGACUCCUCUGGUUGGAGCCAGCCUCUUUUGAUGGAGAAGAAAUAAACAAAAGGAUUGUCUUUUCCAAAGCCCCUUGACGUCCAGCUCCCUAAACAGUAUUGGCAAGGACCUUUUGACACUGGUGGCCACAGUAGUGCCACACUGAUAAAUUUUUCCACCAUUUGGGCACAGAACUGCGCAAGUUACCCUGCCCAGAUCUCAGUCAUAAAUGUUUCCUGCUGACAAGUAGCAUGCUCAGGAAACCCUUUGAAAGAUACCGUACACUAUAAUUUGCUAUGAAAAAAAGAAAUGAAGAAUUAACGUUGUUUUUUUGUUGUUGUUGUUUGCUUCACAAGUCACAUUUUCACUCCACCAAAGAGUUAGAAUUACUUAGCUUAAAUCUCUUUGUGCUUUGUUUGCUGAAGUUCUUCCCUUCUUUGUCUUAAAAUAGUUGUUCCUAAUUAAGUGACCUUGCAAUUAAUGCUUUUGUUUUUUGGUAGGGAUGUAAAUACUCUGUUCACAUGGACAUGUUUACAUUGGAAUAUCUGAAUAGCUAGGCAUCUGAGAACAUAGUUUUCCCAUUUGUUUUACUUCACUGUUUUUAACUACUCUUUAACUACUGUGCUAGGACCAAUUUAUUUUAUUCAUUUUAUUGGGUAAACAUUUGGUUUGUUUUGGUUUUAUUUCCUCUUUUGUUUCCCACAUUUCAGUCACCAGGAAAUCUGCAGGUAAACAAAGCCCUACAGCUUAAAAGCAAAAUUUUAUUUUAUGCUGUGACUUCAUGCAUUUCACAGACUGUUACAAUUCUACCAGAUGCUCCAUCAGUGCUACUGAUGAGAAAGGUGCUCAGUCUUACUGUGAAAAAUUCAAGACAUUCACUAAAUCCAUAACUUUCACAUUUUCUGAUUGCUGCUACUUCCUCCAUUGUUAGAAAUGUCUGGGGUUUUAUUCCCAUUUGAAUGUAUUCUAUUUAACUUGUUCUUUCUUGGAGAGAUUUAAAGGUCUUUUCAUAUUCAAAAUGAAGUGUUUGCUUUAGCUAAAAUUACUGUAAUCAGACUGGAAUUUUUAAAUUUUCUCAGUCAUUUCCCAGGCUAUCACCACUUCCAUUCUCAAGCCAGUUUAGUAUAUGGGAUUUUAUAUCCCUUCCUUUAUAUAUUUAGAAAUGCACAGGUGUAAUAUCUAUGAGUAUGAGCAAACCAGUUUUUCUUGUGCUGAAAUACUUCAUAGCAUUAGGACUAGAGGCUACUGGAAAACAUCUGAGCUAGGAUUUGUCCUGGACACUGGUGUUAGCACAUGAAAGCACAGUGAUCAUCCCCUGCUGAACUCCACAGUGCCAUGGGAUCAGCAACCAUUCAGGGUAGAACAGGGUAUUAUACUUGGAAUGAUGUCAGGUGAUGGUAAAGGCUGCCUUGACAAUAACAUACUUGGAAACAGCUAACUAGCAAACACUAAUCAGCUUGCUCAUAUGCUUAUUCACAUUUAUAGAGUUUUUUUCCCCUACAAGAUUCAUGGGCUACUAUUUCAGUGCAAAUAAUUUGGUAAGACUGACUUUUCUGCUCAGUCACAACACAGUUCUCAUCUCAUUGAUUUUUGCUGGUCAUAGCCUACGAUGACAUAGACAGUGUUUAAGACGGGAUUUCAAGAGCGUCUUAUACAACUCCUAAGAUCUAAAUUUGGAUACUGAAAAUGUUUUCAAACACAGUAGAAAGCAACAUUUUAGCAUGAAAAUUAAGCUGUUAAAACAUAAUUAUCUCUUUUCAUUUGAAAGUUGGACAUAAAAGAUUUGUCUGUUUUACUGAAAGCAGAUCUGUGAAGAACAAGAAAAAAAGAAUAAUUCUCUAAGUCUUGAUAUUUUAUGGUUGUUUUGAUGUUUUAUGGUUGUUUUUUGUUUGUUUGUUUUUGCAUUAGAAUAGGAGCAAUAUUUUUAAGCUGGUUUUGAACGCUAUUCAACACUGUCCAACAAACACACAGCAGUCAAGUGCUUCAGCUUUAGUUCAGCAUAUGAUCAUCAAAAAGAUAUCAGUUUUCGGUAUUUCAAGCUAAGCUUGUUUGGACACCAUGAUAGAAUAUUCUGAUAAUUUGUCAGGAUUCAUAGAUUAAUAGUUUUGUCCAUGGACAUGCAAGCUGGUAUCAGUGAUGUCUACACUUAAAGACUAUAUCAAAAAAGACUAUGCUGUUAAGUAUCAUUGCAGGGGUAAAUCAAAAUAUCAGUAAUCAAUGGCAGUACCUGGAAACAUCAAAAUCAGGAUUAUAAAUUUAAAAACUCACACAGCAUCUGUCAGUACCAUGAAACUGAAGGGACACAACAUUGCCUCAUAAUUUUCACUACGUGUCUUAACAUCAUAUGUAUUUUACAAAUAGACAUUUUAAUCCUAUCAAAAAGAAACAAUUAAAAGUUAUUAUUGUAAAUUAUUAUUAAUAUUUAAGAACAAGCUCUUACUUGUCCUGCUUUUCAGGAUUUUACUUCAGUUUGCAUUGGUUUGUCAUUGGGGCUUCACUGUUUUGUUCUUGCACACUUCAGCACCCUUCAUGGUUUGUUGAUAGUUUUUGUUAUAAAGGAUUUUACUAAUCUCAGCAGAAGACUCUGAUAUUUGCAAAAUUCAAACACGUGCCAGUUACAGGGUUUACUUUCUACCAUUAGGCAGUUCAUUUCUUUC